AUGGCUUCAGACUCGCCCGCCGGCGCGGCUGUCGCUCCCUCCUCCGCCCCGGCCGUCGCGCCCGCUGCCGCGUCCAAGCAGCCGCCCCCCGAGAAGCCUUCCGAGACGCGCCGCCGAUCCUACAUUGUCCUCUCGUUCUGGCUUAUUGUGCUCGUCCUCGGCCUGCCCAUCUGGUGGAAGACGACCACCAUCUAUCGUGCCGACCUCCCCCUCGAUCGCAUGCUGCAGUGGGCUGAUGGAAAGGCCUGCCGCCCCGUUUUCCCUCUCCGCAUAUCCGUUCGCGCCGAUGCGCUCCCCGAAAAGGAGGCCCAGCAUCUCGUUCAGUUGACGCAGCAUGCCAUCGACGACCUCAACGACUUUUCCGGCCACCACCUGCGCCUUCAGCUCGAUUCGAGACGCCAUGGCGACGCCGACAAAGCUUCCGUACAGAAUGCCGGCCAAGACGAGCCUGCGCUGACCAUUCGCCUGGCCCCGGGUGAGGCCACCUCGGCCACCCUCAACCCGCAGGCGCCCGUCCUCGACAUGACGUACGGGCCAAAGGAGGUGCCAUCCGUCAACGCGGCCUCGUCCGCCCUCGCCUCGUAUAUCGCCGACCAGCUGCAAAAGACGUUUGACGAGGAAAAAUCCAUCAUCUCGUACCUCCUCUCCUCCUCGGCCAUGUCUUCGGGCGCCCGCCGCCAGGCCCUCAGCCCAGAGGAUGCCGAUGCGCUGGCCAAGCGCACGACUAAGUCGCUCCGCUACGCCCCGACCUACCAUCUCACGUUUUCUCUCUUCACCGAUGGCGCCGUCCCAAGCUCCUGGGACGUGGACCGUGCGCUCGACGAGUACCUGCGGCCCAUGCUCGACGUCCUCCGGCCCAUCCACAAUUUCACCAUCGACACGCAGGUCCAGCUCUACGCCACCCCCGGCGUCCAGUCGCAGGUCCUGGGCAAGGAGCACCUGGCGUCCUUCAUCAAUGCUGCCGAAUGGCCACUGUCGCCCUCGAUUGGGAACGCGCCGACCGUCAACUUUGUCGUGUUUGUCGGCAAUCAGACCAUUGGCAUCGACUCGGGCGCCGAGACGUCGCAGUCGUGGAUGAUCCCUCAAUGGGGCACGGUCUAUCUGCUGUCCCUGCCACCUACGGCUACGCAUGUCUCGGCCGAGACUUUGAGACAACCCAUGCUGACCUUUGGCGGCCACUUGCUCUCCCUGCUGGGGACGCCGCGCUCGGGAUCCCUGCCACUGAGGCUGUCGACGCUGGCGCGCAUCCGCUCGACUGACCUGCUACUGCGGGCUGCCUCAUCGUUGGGUUCCCUGGCCCGCCUCGCGCGCGCCUUGCCUUCUAUCGCCAUCCCGCGUAGCGUCGCGGACGGCGUGUCCAAAAGCAUGCACCACCUGGAGCGCGCCUGCGCGAGUCUGGGCGGGCCUGAGGGCCUGCUCCAUGCACGCAUCGCAGAGGAGGAGGCGGAGCGGGCGUUCUUCGAGAAGAGCAUGGUCGGGCAGCUGUACUUUCCCGACGAGCACAAGAUUGCCGUCUACCUGCCGCUGUUGGGGCCGGUGGGAGUCCCGUUGGUGCUGGGACUGGUCAACGAGCUCAAGAACUGGAUCAAGAGGCGCAAGCAAAAGGCAGCCGAGGCGCGGGACAAGAAGGCGCACCUGGCGCGCAUUCCAGCGGGUUUAGACCCUUCCAUCUUCGGCCACCUCCCACGGUUAGCACCACAACACCAUCACGACACGACUCGCCAGCACCGCACUGCCCCGCGCGACGAUGAAUCCGCCUUCUCGCUGAAACUCAAUCCCGAGAACCUGCGGGAGCUCCCCGCUGGCAGCGCCGACGCGUCCACGAUCGAGCCCACGACCGCCGCGACGGUAAACGGCGUCAUUCGCCUCGCCAUGCUGCCCGAGCCGGCACUCAGCCUCACCAUCCCGAGCCUGCACGACGGCACGCCGCUCGACUGCCGCGUCUACCACCCGGCCUCGCUGGCCGCAGGGAACCCGCGCGCCGCGCCCUGGAGGCGACAUGCGGCGUUGCUGGCGCAUCCGUAUGCGCCCUUGGGAGGCAGCUACGACGAUGGUGUGGUAGCGACGCUGGCGGGCAGGCUGCUGCGGGAAGGGUACCUCGUGACGACGUUUAAUUUUCGAGGUGCCGGACACUCGGCGGGCAGGACGUCGUGGACGGCAAAACCCGAGCGCGACGACUAUGCCAGCGUCGUGGGCUUUCUGGUGCAUUACGUUCACUAUCUGGAUCCGUUCCGGGCGACCGGCCACUCAAGGAACACGAGCAAAGACGGCGAGGAGGGUCAAAAGACGCCAAUCACGGCCGUUGACGAGGCGGAGAAGCGAGAACACGACGAAGACGAGCAGGGCGAACCGAGAAGCGCAUGUGGACCGCCGGUUCUCAUCAUGGGGGGAUACUCUUACGGCGCCAUGAUCACGACCCAGGUGCCGCCCUUGUCCGCCCUUCUCGAGCCCUUUGACAGCCCGCACGCAGAGUCGUCCGCCGCGCACAUCCGUCUCCGGGCAGAGCACCUCGCCGGGCAGCAGAACGAGAUACUCGGCGGGGUACGCGCGGCGGCUCUAGCUCGCCUGCGCCACCAGCAGCAGCUCAGCCCGACGAGCCCGUCCCGGCGCCGUGGAGGCGUGCGCAUCGGCGGGGACGAAGGCCCCGGAAGCCCGCGACGGAGCCACGACAGCAGCGGCGGGAGGAGGAGCUUUUCCCUCGACGAUGCCGAGGAGAGGCUCAAACGGGGGGUGGGCGAGUUGCUGGCCAAGACGAGGCGACACGGGCACAAGGGGGCAAGGCCCGGGAGCGCGGGGGAGAUGUCACGGGACAAGCAGACACACGCGAAAACUGACACAGAGGUGGAAGCGCAGGCGGCGACAACACUGCCGAUCGUGGAGGACUUUGUGCUCCCCCGGGCGGCGUAUGUGCUCGUCUCGCCGCUGCAAGGACUGGUCACGCAUCUUGCGACAAUGAACUUACUGCCCUCGGCGCUGACGGCUCGGCAUCACAAUCAUCGGGGACACGAUCGAGGCGCGGGCCAUGGGAAAGACGACAGUGGCAGUCAGGGGCGAGAUGCCUCAGAGGGGAAGCUGAUGGCAUGCCCAACCCUGGCCGUGUACGGAGACAAAGAUGUCUUUGUGCCCGUGGGAAAGCUACGAGCGUGGGUAGCCCGCUUGACAGGCGGUGACGAUGAUGACGGCAAGAGCAGCAGCGCCUCCUUGUUCAGGGCCCAUGAGGUGCGCGAUGCGGGACACUUUUGGGCGGAGGAGGGCGCGCUGCCGGAGAUGGAGGAGGUGGUUGGGGAGUUUGCGCGCAGGCUGCUGAGGGAGGCUGCCGAUGGCGAUGCGCAUGAGCGAGCAUGA